AGUCGUAACCGGAAGUGGUUCGUGACCUGACGUUCAAUAGCAAAUGCUAGUCACAUUGUUGUUGUCCACCUCCUGACAGCGACUCACCAUGGCUCCUCGGAAUAAAAACAGGGUUUUUGUCAUCGGAGUUGGUAUGACAAAGUUUGACAAGCCUGGGGCCCGUGGUGACUAUGACUACCCUGACAUGGCCAAGGAAGCUGGUCAAAAGGCUCUUGCAGAUGCAGGAAUCCCGUAUUCUGCAAUAGAACAAGCCUGUGUGGGAUAUGUCUACGGGGACUCCACAUGUGGGCAGAGGGCCAUUUACCACAGCCUGGGCUUGACCGGCAUCCCCAUCACUAACGUCAAUAACAACUGCUCCACGGGCUCCACGGCGCUCUUCAUGGCCCGACAGCUGAUUCAAGGAGGUCUUUCAGAUUGUGUACUUGCUCUUGGAUUUGAGAAGAUGGAGAGAGGCUCUUUGUCCUCCAAGUACAUGGAUAGGACCAGUCCAAUGGACAAGCACAUGGAGGUGAUGAUAAACCGUUACGGCAUGGCGGCAGCUCCGCCCGCUGCGCAGAUGUUUGGCAACGCCGGCAGGGAGCACAUGGAGAAAUAUGGCACAAAGCCGGAGCACUUUGCCAAAAUCGCCUGGAAAAACCACAAACAUUCCACCAACAACCCUUAUUCUCAAUUCCAGGAUGAGUACACGUUGGAGCAGGUGAUGAAGUCAAGGAAGGUGUUUGAGUUCUUGACGUUGCUGCAGUGCUGCCCCACUUCGGAUGGUGCCGGUGCUGCAGUUCUGGCCAGCGAGGACUUUGUCAGGGAGCACCGUCUGGAGAAGCAAGCAGUAGAGAUCCUGGCCCAAGAGAUGGUGACUGACCUGGCCACUACAUUUGAUGAAAACAGCUGCAUUAAGAUGGUGGGUUACGACAUGUCACGGGUCGCUGCCAAAAAGUGUUUUGAAGCUGCAGGUCUGAAGCCCGCUGAUGUCGAUGUGGUGGAGCUGCACGACUGCUUUUCAGCCAACGAGCUUAUUACCUAUGAGGCUCUGGGACUGUGCGCCGAAGGUAAAGGAGCAGAACUGAUUGACAGAGGAGACAACACCUAUGGUGGCAAGUUUGUGAUCAACCCCAGUGGCGGCCUCAUCUCCAAAGGACAUCCUUUAGGGGCUACUGGUUUGGCUCAGUGUGCUGAGCUCUGCUGGCAGCUCAGAGGUCAGGCCGGCAGGAGGCAAGUUCCUGGGGCUAAAGUGGCCUUGCAGCACAACAUUGGCUUAGGAGGAGCUGUGGUUGUCACUCUUUACGGGAUGGGAUUCACACAGGAUCUGAGGGCCCAUGUCAGAGCAGUAUCCACAAGUGCCAGCCACAGUUUAGAGGGCUUUAAAUCGUACCCCGUCUUCAAGGAGCUUGAGAAACACCUACAGAAGGAAGGAGCGCAGCUUGUUAAGAAGAUUGGAGGAGUAUUUGCUUUUCAAGUGAAAGACAGCCCCGGUGGAAAGGAGGCGACUUGGGUUGUGGAUGUGAAAAACGGAAAUGGCUCCGUCACCAAUGAACCAGGCACAAAGGCCGACUGUACCCUCUCCAUGAAUGAUAAGGAUCUUCUGGAUCUGAUGACCGGAAAAUUGAACCCACAAACGGCAUUUUUCAAAGGAAAACUGAAGAUCACUGGAAACAUGGGCAUGGCGAUGAAGCUGCAGAGUCUUCAGAUCUCACCAGGAAGAGCCAAGCUGUGAUCACAGAUGAGAUUCUCGCCUUGGAAUUAGUUUUUUUUCAGGACACCAGUACUGAUCAGCUGCAGUGUCACUGGCCCUGCAUUGCUGUGUUGGAGACACAAAAAAUAGAUUUUUCUAGUUAUUUCAGCCAUUUUUGCCUUUUAUUUGCACCAGCGUUGCUUCUGUUGUACUGUAAAAUGAAGAUGUUCAUAUAUAAAUCAUCUACAAAGUCUCACACCCACAUUGCUGUUCAUGAAUAUGGAGAUUCAAUACGCUCGGUAUGAUCACAAGCUAUGCGAGGGAAGGCUGAAACAACAUAGCGAAUAAGUCAAAUAACUGAAAUAAUACUGUAGCAUGUGGUACCAUCAUGGUGAGAAGCUGAAGUUGUUAAGUUGUCGUAGCUCUUUUUGGGGUUUUAAUGAUUUCUCUAGACAAGUUUUGGAGUGAAUUCAGGAUUUUUUCCGUUAUUUACCAAAUUUAUCAUACCUGCAUUGAACAGUUCCCACAUUGAAAAGCGAGUGUUUUUAUUAUGUUCAAAACUUGGAUUUCAGGAAAUUAAAAACAUACCUUCCGUAAUGCUUAAAAACAACAUUUAAUCAUAAAAUCAUUUUGUUUAUGCCUUUUUCUGGUCUUUAGUAAUCAGCAGUAGAACAUAGAUAUGUUCUGGGAAAAUAUCAGCUCCCAACUAAAAUAAACGGAGAAUACCAGCUCUUUGUAAAAAGAUACAUUUCAAGCAUAACUUUCACUAACACAUACAUUUUUUACAAAAGGGGCCUCCACUUGUUUAUUCAGGAACAGUUUAACAAAUGACCCAACAUUACCACAAGUUACCACUGCAGGCUUAUAUAAGCGGUACUGUUCACACUUAAGGAAUUUAGCAAAACAUCUUAAGAAAGCACAACUGUUAAACAACCUCGGGUUAAGUUGACCUCUUUUUUUCUACAAUUAGGGAUUUUUUUCUCACAGGGAUUAAUUCCACAAUAGUAUUCCCAUUUUUGGGGGUCACCAAACCCCCAAAACAAAUGAAAGUAUCCUUUGUUGAUAUCUGUCUGUCUGUGUCAGGUGAACAUUGUUGUUUCUUGAAUCGAGUUCAUGAAUAUUCCAAUAAGCCAAUCUCGCACUCGCUUGCUAUCACAAAUCAGUGAUGAUGAACAUUUUGUCAUUCAAUUCCUGCUUCAGCUUUCUCGCAACGUGCUUCCAGGAACAGUGUUAUUUAGCAGCUGAUAGUAUAUUGUCUGGUGUCCACACAAGUACAACAAAAAUAACAUGGUGCAGAUCUACAUAAUUGGGUAAUCACAUACUCAUUUCAGCCUUAUAGUUCAUUAGAAUUUUAAUAAAGUAAGUACACUAAUUUCCUUUGUUUUUCUCUGAGUAAUUUAAUUAUGAGCUGAACCAGUAGAGCACAAUAUCUCCACUGAUCUCACUGGCCUGUUCUUUUCUGAGGAAUUAUCGUUGCUUCCCAGGAUUCAAACAUGUAAUAGCUCAUUGAGUUAAUAAACCGUUAUGAUUCA